AUGAGGGAAUUAGAAUUUGAGACUGGGGAUCAUGUAUUUUUGAAGAUCUCGCCGACGACAGGGGUUUCAAGAUUUGGGAAGAAGGGUAAAUUAGCACCUCGAUAUAUUAGGCCAUUUGAAAUUCUUGAGAAGGUCAACCCUGUUGCCUACAGGCUUGCCCUGCCGCCAGAAUUAAGCCAAGUCCACAACGUGUUUCAUGUUUCGAUCUUGAGGAAAUAUAUCCGAGAUCCACUGCAUAUGAUUGAUUAUUCUGAGAUUGUGGUUAAUGAAGAUUUAAACUACGAAGAAAAGCGGAUGAGAAUUAUUGACAGGCAAGAGCGGCAGUUGAGAAACAAAUCGAUACUAAUGGUAAAGAUUGAAUGGGAGGGGCAUUAUGGCAAGGAGGCUACAUGGGAAAAGGAAGAGGAAAUAAAAAUCCGUCAUCCGGAGUUAUUUGUAGAGAAAAAUAACUAA